AUGGCGGCCCCGUUGACGGCGUUUCUGCUACUUGCAGGGGCGUAUUACGUCUCGCGGCUGGCGCCUCGAGUGACACAGCGGGUUGCAAUGGCGCAGGGCGGAAUGGGCGCCACCCAAGCCCUCCAUGCGCACCAAUUGUACCGCCGUCACGAGAAAAGUUUUGAGGCCAACAUGUCGGAGCGGGAGGCGUUGCUGCUGCUCGGUUUCUCGGAAGAUGUCGCUGAUGGAACUGGCGCCCGCCCAUCGGAUAAGGAGGUGAAGGAACACUACUACACGCUGAUGAAACAGUUGCACAGUGAUGUGAAUGGCAGCCCAUACAUCGCGACAAAGCUCAAUGAGGCAAGGGCAGUAUUGUCACGGCGAUGA